AUGGCACGGUCUCUACUGCCUAUCCUUACACUACUCUCCCUCCUGCACAUCGCCGCCUCUACUUACAACUCGAAGACUCUUGAGCUGACCGGCGAGCUCAAGAUUGUCAACAAAGUCGUCGCGCCAGACGGGUACAAACGAUCUACUGUUCUUGCAAAUGGAGUCUAUCCCGGUCCACUGAUUACAGGGGGAAAGGGAGACAGGUUCCGCAUAAACGUUGUCAAUUCCCUCACCGACAAUACCAUGUUGAGGAGCACAAGCAUCCAUUGGCACGGCAUCUUUCAACGUGGAUCCGCAUGGGCCGACGGUGCUGCGGCCAUCACUCAAUGCCCUAUUUCGCCCAACAAUUCCUUCUUAUAUGAAUUCUCGGCGCCUAAACAGGCCGGUACGUUCUGGUACCACUCACAUUUUGGGACUCAAUAUUGUGACGGCCUUCGGGGUCCCUUGGUCGUAUACGACCCUAAGGACCCCCACCGGCUAUUGUACGAUGUUGACGAUGACAUAACAUUUUGCAGGUAUCAUUACCCAGCACCGUCUCUCAUCCCGCGAGUCAUUGCCGAAUCGACUCUGAUAAAUGGGAAAGGAAGAUAUGGUGGUGGUCCAAAAGUCGACCUUGCUGUCAUCGACGUCAAGAAAGGGCGACGGUACAGGUUCCGCCUGCUAUCACUAUCCUGCGAGCCGAACUACAUCUUUUCCAUCGACGGCCACAAGUUGAAAAUUAUCGAGGCUGAUGGGGAGAAUGUCCAGCCCGUAACCGUGGAUAGCUUACAGAUCUUCGCAGGACAGCGAUACUCCUUUGUCCUGAAUGCAAAUCGACCCGUCGAUAACUAUUGGAUUCGCUCGCUUCCCGACUCUGGCAAAAACGGACUCGACCAAGGGUUCGAUGGCGGUCUCAACUCCGCCAUCCUGCGAUACAAAGGUGCCCCACGUGUCGAGCCUUCCCAGACCAAGUUUUACCCACCUUCGAGGCCCGUCUUCCUCAAAGAGGCCAACCUACACCCCCUCUUCCUAACUCGAGUACAAGGGCGUCCCUUUGUUGGCGGCGCGGACGUUAACAUCAACCUCGCGCUGGGUUUCGACCCGGACAAGUUCUCGUACACCGUAAAUGGGGGGUACUAUGUUGACCCACCCGUACCGGUACUUCUGCAGAUCAUGAGUGGAGCGCGAUCGGCGAAGGAUUUGCUGCCCGAAGGAGUUGUGGUGACUCUCCCGAAGAAUAAGGUCAUCGAGAUUAGCAUUCCGGGUGGCAUCAUUGGGGGAGCACAUCCUUUCCAUCUCCACGGUCAUUCCUUCUAUGUCAUCAAGAGUGCUGGAAAUCAUACCAAACACAACUACUUGAAUCCUGUCAUUCGCGACGUCGCUAGCAUUGGUGAGGCUGGAAGCAAUACGACCAUUCGAUUUGUAACGGACAAUCCUGGCCCUUGGAUGUUCCAUUGCCAUAUCGAUUUUCAUGUCCAGAUGGGGAUGGCCAUCGUGUUCGUUGUCGACCCAGACACCGCAAGUGCCUCCUCAGUCCCCACCGCAUGGAACAAACUUUGCCCAAGCUACAAUAACCUUGCACCGUCGGCGACUUCGAUCAAGAUCGUUCCAACGUCGGACUAA